AUGGCGUUGGAUAGCUUCUUCCAUAAUAAGAUUGAGAGCAUGAAGCUCGAAAUCAUUCAAGGUCAAGCGGUUCUACGAAGAUUAGAAGCUCAGCGAAAUGACUACAACUCAAGAGUGCGACUUCUACGAGAGGAGCUCGGUUUAUUACAACAACCUGGAUCCUAUGUUGGUGAGGUGGUAAAGGUUAUGGGCACAAAGAAGGUGUUGGUCAAGGUGCACCCAGAAGGCAAAUAUGUCGUCGAUAUUGCGGAUAGUGUCGAUAUUUCAAAACUUACCGUUGGAAAGAGGGUUACCCUUCUAUCGGAUUCCUAUAAACUCGAAAAGAUGCUCCCAUCAUCCGUCGAUCCUCUCGUUUCCCUCAUGAUGGUCGAAAAGGUCCCAGAUAGCACAUACGAUAUGAUUGGUGGUUUAGAUCAACAAGUAAAGGAAAUCAAGGAGGUUAUUGAGCUUGGUCUUAAGCACCCGGAACUUUUCGAAUCUCUCGGUAUCGCACAACCUAAAGGUGUUCUUCUUUACGGACCUCCGGGAACAGGAAAGACUUUGUUGGCAAGAGCUGUCGCGCAUCACACCGACUGUAGAUUCAUUCGAGUUUCUGGUUCUGAAUUGGUUCAAAAAUAUAUUGGUGAGGGUUCAAGAAUGGUCAGAGAGCUAUUCGUCAUGGCCAGAGAACACGCUCCAUCCAUCAUCUUCAUGGACGAAAUCGAUUCUAUUGGAUCUUCGCGUGUGGAAGGAUCUUCAGGUGGUGAUUCUGAAGUUCAAAGAACUAUGUUGGAACUACUGAAUCAAUUGGAUGGUUUCGAGCCAACCAAGGGAAUCAAGGUCAUCAUGGCUACCAAUCGUCUAGACAUUUUGGAUCCGGCACUAUUACGACCAGGGCGUAUCGACAGAAAGAUCGAGUUUCCACCUCCAACUGUUGAGGCCAGAGCCGACAUUUUACGAAUUCACAGCCGCAGCAUGAACCUGACUCGUGGUAUCAACUUGACCAAGAUUGCGGAGAAGAUGAACGGAUGUUCAGGAGCUGAGUUGAAGGGUGUUUGCACGGAAGCUGGAAUGUACGCAUUGAGAGAACGCAGAGUUCAUGUCACUCAAGAGGAUUUCGAUUUGGCGACAGCUAAGGUAUUGAACAAGCAUGACGACAAGGAAGUCAGUUUGGGCAAGUUAUGGAAGUAG